AUGGCUCAUUUCUUGCGCGGAAAGCAGGCCGGUAUUCAAAAGGACCUGUCUGAGGGUUUAUCCCCAGACCUGUUCCUCCUGGACGACUUUGCACGAUGCGGCGUGAAUUCGCAGAUCAGCGCGAUCGCCUACGAUCCGGUUCAGUCCCUGGUUGCCGUGGGCACCAGUGAUACCCAGUUUGGAAGUGGGCAGAUCUAUAUCUUUGGCCAGCGACGGGUGCUGGUCACCUUUGAAUUUCCGCGCAAAGCCUCGGCUCGUUUCCUUCAGUUCUGCGCCGACAAAGUCAUCAGUAUUGACUCCAAGAAUGAGAUCUGUGUCUUCUCCCUGGAGUCCCGGCGCAUGGUGGUCUCCUACGCCCCACCGGGUCAAGCCACUGCCCUGUUGACGGACCCGAGCUUGGAUUAUGCUUUUAUCGGCUUACAAAAUGGUGAAAUUAUUGCGUACGAUCUCGAUCGGGAGUCGUUGACGCCUUUCAGGGUCCCGAAUCUUUGGUUGGAGCGCAAUCCCCGCGCGCGAUUCUUCCCUGUUGUGUCGCUAGAAUUCUCCCCACGAGACAUUGGAAAAAUCCUGGUGGGUUAUCCAGAAGGAGCGGUGACAUUUACUUUCAAGCAGAAUCUUGCGCAAAAGUACUUUGUCUAUGAGAUUCCUCCUGGAGCCCCAGGCGGCGAUUCACUACCAACACACGAAGUACGCCGGCCAAAGUUGACUAACGCGAUCUGGCACCCAAACGGAAUCUUCAUCUUGACUGUUCACGAAGACGCAAGCUUGGUGCUUUGGGAUACAAAAGAUGGCCGCAAGCUCCAUGCCCGAACGGUCCAGACACCCAACAUUGAUCAGCCAAGCUCUAGUAGACCUGGUUCGCCUAACGACGAUGCUGGACCCAAAGAGCCAGUGACGAAGAUUGUUUGGUGUGCCAAGGCCAACCCCGAUGACACCGGUCUUCUUGUGGCUGGUGGUCGUCCAGUGGGGGACCUGAACAAGGGCCUCACGUUUUUGGACAUGGGUCCAACCCCCAACUACCAGACCUCCUCCUGGCAGGUCUUGUCGACUUACCUAGAACGGUUCCGUCGCACCGUCAACCUUCCGGUCCCACCAGGAGCUAAGGUGGUUGACCUUUGUUUUAUCCCUCGCUCUUCGCCAUACUUCAACGGUGCCCACGAUCCCAUCGCCCUCAUUGCCAUGCUAUCAUCAGGGGAAAUUCUUACGAUGAGUUUCCCCAGUGGACAUACAAUCACCCCCACCAACAUGCUUCAUCCGUUCCUCACACUUGUCCAUCCAUUUGUGAACAAAGCGGUGCUUACACCUGUCGAUCGCUCCGUGUGGCUGGGCCUCAAAGAGCGCCGAUUGCAAGGUCCCAAAUUUGUGGUUGGUGGUGCGGAGGCAAAAAACCCCCUCAAGCGAUUUGAGAACCGCAACGUCGUCUCGAUGGCACAUGCAGAUGGUACUGUUCGAAUCUGGGACUGCGGGCACGACGAUGAGAUUGAGAAUGGCGACGUGGUUCAAGUUGAUCUUGCCCGCGCUAUCGGUCGUGUCAGCAACAUCGAAGUGACCGAGAUGUGCCUCGCGAGUACCUCGGGCGAGAUGUCUAUUGGACUCAAAACCGGAGAGCUUGCCGUGUUUCGAUGGGGUAAUAACCCCUCGUAUGGACACGAGGAACCCCCUGGUGCCAACCAAGGACCGGGGAAAAUGACUCCAAUUACACAGAGAACAGACCCCGGCCUUAAAACAGGAAUGAUCCCUCUGACCUUACUGGACAUGCAGCAAGGUCCAAUCACGGCGUUGAAACACGGCCAAGUUGGAUUCGUGGCCGCCGGUUACCAAGGUGGUACUCUGGUCAUCAUUGAUUUACGAGGGCCUGCGAUUAUACACACAGCACACGUGUCAGAUUUCACCAAAGCCCCUAAGCGGAGUAGCUUUCUCAAGAAUCGGGGCUCAGAGGAUGGCCAGCCAGAAUGGCCUACCCAGAUUGAGUUUGGUGUGAUGACAUUGGAAGGCGAAGAUUAUUCUAGCAUAUGCUGCUUCGUUGGCACAAACAGGGGCAAUGUAGCAACCUUCAAGAUCAUCCCUGCGUCUGGUGGCACCUACGAAGCUGCUUUCGCGGGAACGUCUUCAGUCGACGAUAGCGUCAUUAGCGUCAUUCCGAUCGACGCAGAAUCUGGUGGCCUUGCUCUAGCCACACCCAGUGCUGUCGGAGGGCUGAGGAACGGCGCAAAGGUCAAUGGCGUUGUGGUUGCGGUGACCGCUUCUGGAUGUCGAAUCUUCAAGCCCCCAACCUCCAAGGGUGCUCACAAGGCAUGGGAGGACUACCUCUGUGACUCGGCUACGGUAGUCAAGACCGAAGGUCGGGGCUAUAGCUUAGUUGGUCUCUUCGGUGAUGGCAAUGCGCGAGCAUUCUCUAUUCCUGGUCUUCGGGAUAUUGGUUGCACCAAAAUCAACCAUCUCGCGGAGAUGCGGCGCCUUUCCGAGGCAUGCAUUACCCCGACCGGAACCGUCAUGACCUGGGUCGGUCCUUCGGAGGUCGGCCUUUUCAAUGUCUGGGGAGGUGGAAACGGACUACACCCCUCAAACGACAAACUCUACAACCCCGAGGCUGUUCUUCCCUCGCGCCCUACAAUCACCAACGUGCAAUGGAUAUCAGGCACACAAUAUGUAUCACCAGCGGACAUGGAUAUUCUGAUUGGCGGUCCAGGCCGACCCCCAUCCAAGCGGAUGGUUGAGCAAAUGAAGCAAGAAGAACAGGAACGUCGCAAUGCUUUGAGAGAAGGCCGUGCCCCACCCCCCGAGGCCAGUGGCAGUCAAGAAGGGUAUUGGUCUUACAUGUCCCGACAAGUCCAGGAACGCACGGAGCGCCUUAAUAUUGCGGGGGACAGCAUGGACCGGCUGGAGGAGAACAGCAGCAAUUUUGCCAAUGAUGUCGGCAAAUAUGUGCAGUCACAAAAGAAGAAGGCUGUGUUUGGAUUGCUGGGCUCAAAGUUUGGACUCUAG